UGCUAGCCCAGCCCCAGCGGCACACACGCGCACGCUCCUUUUUAUUUCGCCCGUUUCCUCCAAGCCAUCCAUCCGUCCGUCCCAUUUCUUCCUCCUGCUCCAACCCCCCCGCCCACCGAUCCCCAAGCCGGUACUGGCCCGCGCCACGUCGCACCGCAUCGCCGGCGGUGAGGCCGAUCCGUCGCCGCGCAGCGCCGCCGGGCAAAUGGGAGUUGGGCGGUGAUGGGCGCGGCGAGCUCGAGGCUGGAGAAGGCGCUGGGCGAGCAGUUCCCCGAGGGCGAGCGGUACUUCGGCCUCGAGAACUUCGGCAACACCUGCUACUGCAACAGCGUCCUCCAGGCACUUUACUUCUGUGUUCCUUUCCGCGAGCAAUUACUGGAGUACUAUGCAAACAAUAAAAGCGCCAGCGAUGGCGAAGAGAACAUGUUAACCUGCUUAGCUGACCUUUUCUCUCAGAUCAGCAAUCAGAAGAAGAAAACUGGUGUUAUUGCUCCUAAGCGUUUUAUACAACGACUGAAGAAACAGAAUGAGCUUUUCCGCAGCUAUAUGCAUCAGGAUGCUCAUGAAUUCCUGAAUUUUUUGUUGAAUGAGCUAGUUGACAUUCUCGAGAAAGAAUGUAAAGCUAAUAAAGAACCUUCUCAAAAUUCAUCUUCGAAUAAGACUUCUAAUGGCCCUAGUAAUGGUCAGCCCAAUGGUAGUCAUAAAGAACCGGAUACUACAUGGGUCCACAAAUGCUUCCAGGGAAUAUUGACUAAUCAAACAAAAUGUCUGAGAUGUGAAACCGUCACUGAUAGAGAUGAAACAUUUCUUGACUUGAGCCUGGAUAUAGAACAAAAUAGUUCAAUCACCAGCUGCCUUAAAAACUUCAGCUCAACAGAAACUUUGAACGCCGAGGAUAAGUUCUUCUGUGACAAAUGCUGCAGUUUACAAGAAGCACAGAAAAGAAUGAAGAUAAAGAAACAGCCAAACAUCCUGGUAAUCCAUCUCAAGCGCUUCAAGUACAUCGAGCAGCUUGGCCGCUACAAAAAGCUGACAUACCGAGUCGUUUUCCCACUGGAGCUUAAACUCAUGAACACGGUCGACAAUUCUGACUUGGAAUACUCCCUCUUUGCUGUGCUAGUCCACGUCGGAAGUGGGCCAAAUCAUGGCCACUACAUCAGCGUGGUAAAGAGCCACAACCACUGGUUGUUCUUCGAUGAUGAGACUGUUGAGAUGACCGAUGAGUCCAUGGUACAGACAUUCUUCGGCUCGGCACAGGAGUUCAGUGGUAACACCGACAAUGGCUACAUACUCUUCUACGAAAGCGUCGCUAAAACAAGCUGAUGCCUUCCCGCGUAUCUCGUGAUUAGCAACACAGUUUUUUCAUUUUGUCCCCACACCUACUGCUCCGUGCUAUAUAGAAGAUUCGGUAAAAUUAGAAUAAUUCGAAUGGCAAGACCAUUCAACCUUAGAUGCUUUGGUGGAGUCAGUGUUUAGCAAUAAAGAAGCUGUGACGAGUUUUGCGGGUGGGUGCUGUAGCCGCCAAAGCUUGCAGUCUUCUUGCUGUUGUUUUCCGUUGUGGCACAAGUUUGUAUCGAUCUGGAAUAAUGUUUCUUAAGAGGAUCUUAUCAUGUGAAGAAGAGAUGCUUGUAUCUUGAAGCCUUCUGGCUUUGUAAAAUUUUGAUUGGGAGAGCUUCUGCUGA